AUGGACCCCAACGGCAACCGCUUGCACCUCAACUUUGGCAAUAAUGACCGCCUUCCGGUAAACGACCGAGCCUACCCCACGACACCAUCGACGUUCCCCCAGCCCGUCUUCCCACCGCCUAACCCACAGCAGGCCCAAGGAGGCCUUCAACCACAACAGCAGGCCUAUGCUGGCGGUUAUGCUCCCCAGGGCUACUUUGCGCAGCCUGGUGCAGCCUAUCCUGCCGCCUAUCCUGCACAAGCCGUCAACAACGACUAUGCCCACGCCCAGAAUGGCUACUAUCAGGCGAGGUCCAAUACCCCUGGUACUAAUGACCCAAACACCGGUCUAGCCCACCAGUUCUCUCAUCAGAAUCUGGGUGGUGCCGCAAGAGUUGCUCCCCGGGGGCCUUCUCCCUCACAGCGUCCACGAACCGCUGGUAGCCACCCUGGCGGCUACACCAACUAUUCCAAUGCGAAUGCGCCGCCUCUGCCUUCUCAAACGGCGCCCAUCGGCAGCGAGUUCCAGGCCGCUCCCGAGAGGAACCCAGACCGUUAUGGCACCAACGCCAACAGUAAUCAGAAGAAAUGCUCACAGCUGGCUGCGGAUUUCUUCAAGGACAGUGUAAAGCGAGCCCGUGAGCGCAACCAAAGACAAAGCGAGCUGGAGCAAAAGCUUCAAGAUCCUUCACAGAGUGCCACUAGGAAAGAGCAGCUGUGGUCGACCGCGGGCCGCAAGGAGGGACAGUAUCUGCGUUUCCUGCGAACCAAAGACAAGCCCGAAAACUACAACACGGUUAAAAUCAUUGGCAAGGGUGCCUUUGGUGAGGUCAAGCUGGUGCAAAAGAAAGGAGAUGGCAAAGUUUAUGCCAUGAAGUCCUUAAUCAAGACGGAAAUGUUUAAAAAGGACCAGCUUGCUCAUGUGCGAUCUGAGCGUGAUAUUUUGGCCGAGUCUGACAGUCCCUGGGUCGUUAAGCUCUACACCACGUUCCAGGACGCAUACUUCCUAUACAUGCUCAUGGAGUUUCUGCCGGGUGGUGACUUGAUGACGAUGCUCAUCAAGUAUGAGAUUUUCUCUGAAGACAUUACUCGAUUCUACAUUGCCGAAAUUGUUCUUGCUAUUGAGGCGGUUCACAAGCUCGGUUUUAUUCACCGAGAUAUCAAGCCUGACAACAUACUGCUAGAUCGAGGCGGUCAUGUCAAGCUGACUGAUUUCGGUCUUUCCACAGGCUUCCACCGCCUACACGAUAACAACUACUACCAGCAGCUUUUGCAAGGGCGAUCCAACAGACCCCGUGACAGAAGCUCCGUUGCCAUCGAUCAGAUCAACCUCACCGUCAGCAACCGUUCUCAAAUCAACGACUGGCGACGGUCACGAAGACUUAUGGCCUACUCCACUGUUGGUACGCCUGAUUACAUCGCCCCCGAGAUUUUCACCGGCCAUGGAUACUCGUUUGAUUGUGACUGGUGGUCACUGGGGACUAUCAUGUUUGAGUGCUUGGUUGGAUGGCCUCCGUUCUGUGCCGAGGACAGUCACGAUACCUACCGCAAAAUUGUCAAUUGGAGACAGACUCUGUACUUUCCAGACGACAUCACACUAGGCGUAGAGGCUGAAAACUUGAUCCGAAGCAUGGUUUGCAACACUGAGAACCGUCUUGGACGGGGGGGAGCCCACGAAAUCAAGAACCAUGCCUUCUUCCGUGGUGUCGAAUUCGACAGUCUUCGUCGUAUCCGAGCUCCAUUCGAGCCUCGCCUGACAUCUAACAUUGACACCACUUACUUCCCUACCGACGAGAUUGACCAGACUGAUAAUGCUACCGUUCUAAAAGCCCAGGCAUUGCAGCAGGGCCGCCAGAUCGAAGAGUCGCCGGAGAUGAGCCUGCCGUUUAUUGGAUACACCUUCAAACGAUUCGAUAACAACUUUCGAUAG